UAGUAAAUCUACUGCCACUGACUGGGAAUAGCUACUGGAAACUGAUGCUGCCAUCACUGUUCCUCCAAGACUCCUACUUUCGUGGGUAUAUGUAUAUAUUUUUACCAAAUAAUCGUCAGAAAACUGAGUUAAACUGUGUGUUUUGGUCAACUCGAGCAACACCGCAAUGUCUUUUUUUCAUGUUCAUAUCUACCGUCCAGCUCCGUAAUUCCUGUUCUCUGCGAUUAUCUGUAUAGCAUGAGAGAUAUUUCCGACAGGCCCUGAAGGCAGCGCUGGGUUCUGGGCUGGACAGGAAACGACGAGGACGCUCAGCGUGUCUCCUCGGCAGCUCCGGGAGAGAAGAAUGGGAAAGGGAACGAGACUGUGUAUGUAGACGAGGCGACGUGUGAAAACAUGAGGAUAACGGGCAGUUUUUGUUUUAGCUAGAUUCAUCUUUUAAACAGAUACUCACACAGAGCAGGAGGGUUUCUUCCCCCCGAGGGCAGUGAUAUUUGCUCUCCCAUUGGAGAACACAGGAGAAGAGAGGAGCCUCUUUGUGGAUCCCAUUUGACUAGGAUAAAAGGCCCCGACACAGAGUGGAGUGGAGUGGUGGUUUCGUCUGACCUUUAACCUCAGUAGGAAGGAGAGAAAGCCACUUCAGAGAUGGAGCAGGUAUCAGACGAUGAGCUGGACCACGGAGCGGAGGAGGACAGCGAUAAGGAGGACCAGGACCUGGACAAGAUGUUUGGUGCUUGGCUUGGAGAGCUGGACAAGCUGACACAGAGUCUGGAUGAUGGCAAGCCUCAGAAACCGCUGCAGAAGCCUCCUCUCAGGCAGGAGACGAACAUGGCCAACUUCUCCUACCGCUUCUCCAUGUAUAACAUAAACGAGGCGUUGAACCAGGGCGACACAGUGGACCUGGACGCCCUGAUGGCUGACCUGUGCACCAUUGAACAGGAGCUCGAUACCAUUUCCAAACCAAACUCGGCCUCUCGCGGCCAGAACAAAGGCCAGCAGCGGGCCCCUGGGGGCCGCAGUGCCAGCACCAAGCACACAGGCACCAGCGGAGGAGGAAGCAGCGGAGGAAGCACCAGUAGCAGUACCCGGGCGUCUCCGGCCAACACGGUGCGCGGUGGCAGCCUCAACGCCCGCCCCGCGGCCGCCAACAUCUCCCUAGAUGACAUCACCUCUCAGCUGGAGAAGGCCUCUCUCAGCAUGGAUGAAGCGGCGCGUCAGACAUCCUCCUCCUCUUCUUCCUCCUCCUCCUCUUUCUCCUCAGCCACGCUCCGGCGGCCCUCGUCGGGGUCGUCCGGCGGCGGCGGCCAGCACAGGAGGACGGGCUCAGUGGGCGCGGUCAGCGAGCAGGAAGCUCCGUCCCAGCGGUCCAGUGUAAAUUCAGCAUGUGCCUCAGCGUCCAGCAUGGACUCCCUGGACAUUGACAAAGUGAUGGCGGGCGGAGAGGUGGAGGGCCAGAGCAGCCCGAGCACACAGGGACAGAACCAGACCAGCACAGAGCAUGUCACACUGCGACGGGCCAGACGGCAGCUUGACUUCACCUCACGGGAGGGGGAAGUGGAUCGGGCCACUCACUCCUAUCUGGACCGAGAAACCUCGCUCAUUCUGAAAAGCAUAGCAGGAAAGCCUUCUCACCUCCUGACCAAGGAGGAACAAGCUGCCAAAUUAAAGGCAGAGAAGAUCCGAGUCGCCCUGGAAAAGAUCAAGGAGGCACAGGUCAAAAAGCUGGUGAUCAGGGUCCACAUGUCGGACGAGAGCUCCAAGACCAUGAUGGUGGAUGAGCGGCAGACGGUCAGGCAGGUGCUGGACAGCCUGCUGGAUAAGUCGCACUGUGGCUACAGCCCCGACUGGUCUCUUGUGGAAACCAUCACUGAGCUACAGAUGGAGCGUAUUUUCGAGGAUCAUGAGAACUUGGUGGAGAAUCUGUUAAACUGGACCCGGGACAGCCACAACAAGCUCAUGUUCAUCGAACGCAUCGAGAAAUAUGCUCUUUUCAAGAACCCUCAGAACUACUUGCUGGGGCGGAAGGAGACAUCCGAAAUGGCUGACAGGAAUAAAGAGGCUUUAUUAGAGGAGUGCUUCUGUGGCGGCUCGGUGUCGGUGCCGGAGAUCGAGGGCAUCCUGUGGCUGAAGGAGGACGGGAAGAAGUCGUGGAAGAAGCGUUACUUCCUCCUCAGAGCUUCGGGGAUCUACUACGUCCCCAAAGGCAAAGCUAAGGCAUCCAGAGAUCUCGUGUGCUUCCUGCAGCUGGACCAUGUCAACGUGUAUUACGGCCAGGACUACCGCAGCAAAUACAAGGCUCCGACCGACUACUGCCUGGCCCUGAAGCACCCCCAAAUCCAGAAGAAGUCCCAGUACAUCAAGUAUCUCUGCUGUGAUGACGUCAGGACCCUGCACCAAUGGGUGAAUGGAAUUCGCAUCGCCAAGUAUGGCAAGCAACUAUAUGUGAACUACCAGGAGGCCAUGAAGAGGACAGAGGCGGCUUACGAUUGGUCCUCUCUCUCUACCUCCAGCAUCCGAUCAGGCUCCAGCUCUGCCAGCAUUCCUGAGUCCCAGUCUAAUCACUCAGGCCAGUCAGACAGUGGAGUGGACACGGGCUCUUCUCAUGGCCGGUCCCAGAGUGUGGUGAGCUCCAUAUUUUCUGAGGCCUGGAAGAGAGGUACCCAGAUCGAGGAAAGCUCCAAGCAUAUGAGAAUGGAGGCAACCAGAGGGGCCACCCUGCCGCACGCUUCCCACAGUCAACGGCAUCACAGCCAGCACUCAGCGGAUCACCCGGCCCUGACGCCCCCUCCCCAACUUCAGGUGCAGCCUCAGCCCCUCCAACAGCACCCGCUGCAGCAUCAGCACCCGUCAGCGCACCCCCAGACACCGACCCAGGCGACGACGCAGCACCAGCACCUGCCCCCCCAGCAUCAGUCUCCUCAACACCAGCACCUGCCCCCCCAGCAUCAGUCUCCUCAACAGGCCCUGCAGCCGCCUCCCCAGUAUCCCCAACAUCAGUCUCCUCAACAGGCCCUGCAGCCGCCUCCCCAGUAUCCCCAGCAACAGUCUCCUCAACAGGCCCUGCAGCCGCCUCCCCAGUAUCCCCAGCAUCAGUCUCCUCAACAGGCUCUGCAGCCGCAUCCCCAGUAUCCCCAGCGCCCUCAGCAAUCGCCGCAGUCUCCGCAGCCGCAGCAACAGCCGCAGACCGUCGGCGGCUACAACCACGCGCCCCCGCAGCAGCAACAGCUGGCUCCACCGCCCCCACCUCCGCCUCCCCCUCCUCCCCCGCCCCCGGUUCAAACGGUGUCGCACCACUCGCCGGCUCCCACCAUGUACAAGUACAGCACCAUCACCAGGCUGCAGAACCAGAUGGCCUCCCAGGCUGCCAAUCACCACAGGCUGCCCAGUCACAUCCAUGCAAUAGGGCAGCAAGUUCUGCCCUCAGCUCUGAGACCACCUGCAGCACAGGUGCCCGUCAAACCCAACGUGAAUCACAUUGCAGCAAGGACUAAUGUCCCACCUCCACCUCCUCCUCCCCCUCCGCCGUCCAUGCCGGCCCCUGGGUCGGCCAUGGCGAUGUUGAAGCGGGGCCCUCCCAGCCCGGCCACCCCGCCUGCCUUCAUUCCCCCACCACCGGCUCCUCCUGCUCCACAGACAAAUGGAGCAGCAUUUCCUCCCCCUCCUUCUCCUCCAUCACCACCUCCUGCGCUGGCUCCCAUGAGCCAUUCUGUUUACCCCAACGGGCUGAAGCGGGCACUAAAGGAAAGGUUUCCCAGCCCGCCGCGGGACCUCCUCUCUCCAAAUGGAGUCCUUGAGGAGUCCCCGCCGCCUGCUCCUGCUCCGCCACCUCCACCUCCUCCGCCCCCACCUCCGCCACCACCUCCUCCUCCUCCCCAGGAGUUCCCAGUGCCAGCCCAGUUCCCGCCCCCCCCUGCACCGCCACCAGCACCACCCAAAACCUUCACCCCGGGUUUUGUCCCUCACACAGCCCUCAAACCUAUCUCUCCUGUCUCUCCGUUUCCCCCCGCCCCACCUCCUGCUGCCCUGGUUGGCCCGACCCCACCGCCACCUCCACCCCCACCUCCACCUGCGCCCCUCAAGAAGCAGUUCAGCUUCCAGGCAGGCCACAACUUCAGCCAUCCCCCUCCGACUCUCCCCAAGCAGCACAGCAUUUCUAAACAAACACCUCCUACCAUGUCUUUGGUGAAACAACUAGCAAGUCAGUUUCCAGGAGCUUCAUCCCAAGUAGCCAAUCACGCAGAGAGCCCCAAAGCCCCCCUUUCCCCACCUGCAGUCAAGACCAAACCAAGAUGGCAGCCCGGGGGCGGCCAGCAGCUGCAAUCUCCAGAGUUCCCUCCUCCUCCUCCAGACAGCAACGUUGGCUUCCCUGCCGCUGCCGCCGCCCCUCCUCCUCCACCUCCUCCACCUCCUCCUCCUCCUCCUCCGCCACCUCCCCUAGCCCCUGUCACGGGCCCGGCUCCACCUCCUCCUCCCCUCCCUCCUGGAAACAUGGGCGCCCCCUUGCGGAGGUCACCCACUGGGUCCUCCAAUUUCGGAACCAAGAAACCCCCUCCCGCCCCGCAGAGGAACUCCAGCACCAAGUUUGACUCCUCGGCUUCUUAUGAGGAAUCCAGGAGAAAUUUGCUCAGCAAGUUUGCUCCCCAGAAUAACGCCCCUUCUCCCCCACCGGGUCCCACCUCCUCCUCCAGUGGAUCCCCUUCCAAGGACCUUUCAACUGGACCCCCUGCUCCCCCGAAACCAGGCAAGCUCAACCUGGCCAACCUGCCCUUGGCACUCCAGGCUAAAGUGAGCCAGGUAAAGCAAACCAGUGGUGACUUCCCUUCCCCACCACCUGAGUGUGCCUACUUCCCACCUCCUCCCCCGCCCUCUGAGCUCUUCCCCCCUCCUCCCCCUCCCGGUAGUGACGCCCAUAGCGGAGGACCUCCGAGGGUAGCCGUGGUCAACCCCCAGCCCCAGGCUCCCCCUCCUCCUCCACCUGUCCCCCUUGUCAGCAACUCUACAUGGGGGAAGAGCUCACUGAAGAAGACUCCUCCACCCACGCUCGUGCGGCGUAAUAACGCCACCCCGGAGCCCCCUCCACUCUCACCACCUCCACCCACCUCCCCAAAGGGCAGCUCAGGCCAGCCCAAUUUCCUGGAUGAUCUCCACCGGACACUGAAGCGAAAGUCAGUGGGUCGCCAAGGUUCCCUCAACUCGGCCGGCCUCACGGGCAAGUUGGACCCUGUGGGAACUAUGGACGACAUGGCGCUGCCUCCGCCGCCCCCUGAGCUGCUCCUGGACCAAGGAAAGCAAAGCAAUGGAGGAAACGGUGGCUACAUGUCCGGAAACAUCUCAGGCUAUGCAACAAUACGACGAGGACCGCCGCCCGCACCACCCAAACGGGGGGACACAACCAAACUUACUGGCGAGUGUUGAAACUUGGAGAUCAGGACAUUAUGAAGAUGGAUGAAUAGACAAUGAAAGAAUAUGUGGAACUGAACACUCAUAAGUGAAAUGGGAGCGAACUCCUGAAUACCUUCUGUCCUCUUGGGAUCCCAAUGAUAAAUAGAUGACUGUGUAUAUACUAAAACCCAAACCAGACCACGGUCAGUUAGUGUUUGCUAAUUACUGCAGUUUUUUAACAUGCUUGGCAUUCCGGAUCGGUGGGGUUUAUGUUAUUGGGACAAUUUAGACUGGAGCAGGUAAGUUUGAGGUCAAAACGGUCUUUUAAUUUUCUGCGAUUGUCUAAACUCUCCGGAAGACAUUGUGUUGUGGUAAACCCCGCCCAUCUGGUACACCAAGCAGAUUUAAAUAUACACAAAUAAGAAUUGUGCAAAUAUGACUGGAUCCAGGUCUGAGCCAAACCAUGUUAUCCGCUUCUUUGCCGUACGUUUGUGCCGCGUACUGGAGACAAAAAAACAACAACAAAAAAAAAAGACACAUCGGGAUCUUUCUGCUUUGGUACUGCAUGGACUUCAUGUAACAACAAGCCGUAAAACAUGCAGCUGUUCUGGUGUGUGUGCAUGAGUGAGAGAGAGAGACUGAGACUGGCGAUGCAUACAUGCAUGCAUGUGUGUCUGAUUAUACGGUGGUGAAGUUGUUAACCGUUUAAGAAGGCCUUCGUGGAGCGGGAACGGUUAGGUUUGGUUUUAUAUAAAAUUAUUUAAUGAGCGAUAAACGGAAGGAUUUUUUGUGUCUUUUAAUAGCAAAGUCUAGAGAGGAAGAAAACAUUAGGGCACAAUGGAAUGUAUAUGAGACGGUGUAAUUUCAAACAUGAAUUACACACAUGAAGGCAGUGAUUCAGUGACAUAAACACUUAAAAAAAAUAACCGUUAAACUUUUAAAUCUGUCGACUCAAACAUUUCUAGACUGUUUCACCACUUAGCAAAUCAAAUCAGAAGGAAGCCUUAUCCCCAAAGUCUUGCACAGAGGUCAAAGGCAGAAAGGAGAUUUUCUUCCAACGGUUCAGCAGCGUCUGGACUGCCCAACAUUGUUUUUUAUUUAACAGACUGUAAAUGGAGGAGGAGGCCUGUGACUGUAACUUCGUGGACUUUGCGAGUUCCCUGUGCGUGGGCUUGAUUUGUGGACCUUAUCCUUCAGUUCGUACCUGCUACUCCGUUACUGUCGGCCCCCGCCGCCUUCUAACGUCACAUGGUAUCACAAUUCGGGGAAGUGGAUCGUACAGGCUGGAUUCAGUCCUGUGAAGUAUACUCAUCCACACAAGGUGACUCGGUUGAAAAGGAUACAUUUGUCUGGUUCAUGUACAAAGCGUUAAAUCAUGUAGUCAAUAACAGAAAACAUCUGACUUGCAUUAGACUGAAUGUUGCUUGUCUCUUGAUUUUGUACCUGCAGAUUGGAUCAUGAAGGGGUUUUCAUUUCUAGCAGCAAUGCCUUUUAUUUUCAGGGUGCUAACGCUGUCCUUUUCAAGGAACUCAUCAUCAACACAUCCUUGUUUUGCGAGGAUGUCAUAUCAAUAUUUCAUACCGUUUAAACUGGUUUUAAAUUGGCUUCAGUGUGGAAAUGUGUGCUUGAAGUGUCAUGAAGAUGGUUGUUUCCACACGAGCGCUGUUUGAUCACCGCUGGAAGACCACGUACCAUUUCUUAUAACUGAUUGCCAUUGUCUUAACAGGAUGUUUGCUACAGUGCAGUAUGUAAGUUAUUGAUGUGAACAUGUGGGGCCAAGUGAAAUGAUCCUGCAUAUGAACUGAAAAUCACAUUAUAAAUGUUCAAACCAGACCUCAA